AUGUCUGAAGAAGGAGUAGAAAAGGUUCCAGCGGAGUAUGACGGCGAAAGACUCAUGAUUGUAGCCGCGGAAGAAGGUUCAGAUGAAGAUCAGAAGAAAGCAGUAGAGAAGGCCGAAAAGCAUUGCAGAGAAAUAGGAGGCUACAUCGAAAACAAACGCGCAAGCUUGUACCCUGGUUUCACAGUCGUUUUUAAGAGCGGUGUCGUUCAUUCUCUUGCCAAUAUUGCUGGUGUGACUAGUGAAAAUGCUGGUACAGAAGUAAGGACCUCAGAAAUUUCGUGGUUCUCACUCGAUGCGUCUGCCACGCAAAGACUCAUAACCAUAGAAUCUCACACUCAACACUUGACGAUGAAAUGGUUUUCCCAAACCAUUCGUUCUCAUUCUAAAUCAAAUCACCGUGGCAGUAUCUCGAGGCCCUUUUCUCGGUGUGCAAGUUUUGGUCGAUAUCCAUCACCAUCGGCUCAUAAAUGGUCGCAUCCUCCAAGCUCAACAGCCAUCGCAGACAAUGAGAUAGCCAACCUCGCCAGCAAGCCUCUGCAUAAACUGAGCUUAGAAGAUCUGGUAAAACAUGGCCGGCCACCAUUAUCAACAGAGGCACUCUUUUCAUCUGCGAACUUCACCCUUGACCUCCUACCCAUCCGUCUUGCACACCGAAUACAAGCUCUACGAAACCUGCCUUUUAUAGUGGUAUCGAAUCCGAAUAUCUCAAAGAUUUACAAUAAUUACCUCCAUUCGCUCUCUACACUGUUACCGCACAAGACCAUCUCAACAUUAGAAGACGAAAUACGUUUCACGGAAGUGCUAGCAGAUCUUGUCGAGACACAUGCGCAUACUAUCCCUACGCUAGCUAAGGGCUUCCUCGAGUGCCGAAAGUACAUCAGUCCGAUCGAAGUAACACGGUUUUUGGAUGAACAUCUUCGUGCCCGAAUUGGUACACGGCUUGUAGCAGAACAACACAUCGCUCUCCAUCUUUCGUCACAGCCACAUCAGGCCCAAAAUCACGCAGAAUCUUCUAUCGAACCGUCGUCUUACAAUGGUGUUAUCGAUACAGCCUUGAACCCAGCAUCGAUCAUAAAUUCAUGUGGGAACUUUGUUUCGGAAAUCUGUGAGUUAAGAUAUGGUGUGCGGCCGAGUUGGAUCAUCGAUGGGGAACCAGAUACAUCAUUUGCGUUUGUACCGGUACACUUAGAAUACAUCAUUACAGAGCUGCUCAAGAAUGCUUUUCGUUCGACUGUUGAAUCUGGCAGAUCCACUGAGCCGGUGAUAAUAACAAUAGCUGCCGAACCAGAGCUCUCUACAAGAGUAACCAACAAUGCGGCAGAUAAAACUAGUGGAGGUACUAUUCUAGACGAUAACCCUCCAAUCCAGCCCUUUGAAGACCCUGCUCCCGGUGUUACGAUUCGUAUUCGAGACCGAGGAGGUGGCAUUAGCCCAGAGGUGUUACCAAAUAUAUGGUCAUAUUCGUUCACGACCUUCUCGGACGAAGACGAAUUCCCUGGACAAAAUCACAACAAUAGUAAUAUGGAUGCACUGAAUGUUCUAUCAGGUGCUGGAGGUGAGACUAGUUCAAUUGCUGGUCUAGGAUAUGGGUUGCCCCUUGGAAGAGCUUAUGCUGAAUAUUUUGGGGGUGGCAUUGAGAUUCAAUCGCUUUAUGGAUGGGGCUGUGAUGUCUAUUUACGACUGAAAGGUCUCGGGAGACCAAACAAAUAA